GCCCCGGCCGCGCCGCCGCCUCAGCUAUCGGCGCCUCGCUCCCGCCCGGGGCUGACGGACGCGCGUCCUGCACCGCUGGCUCCGGGAUGGGCGUUCGGACGGUGGUGUGAGAGCUCAGGGUGCCGGCCCACUGACACGUGCACGACCCAUGAGACCAGCAUCCGGAAGCCAUGGCCCUGCCCUUUCAGAAAGAGCUGGAGAAAUACAAGAACCUUGACGAAGAUGAGCUGCUUGGCAAACUGUCCGAAGAGGAGCUCAAACAGUUGGAAAAUGUUCUCGAUGACCUAGAUCCUGAGAGCGCCAUGCUGCCAGCUGGAUUGCGCCAGAAAGACCAGACGCAGAAGGCAGCCACCGGCCCCUUUGACCGUGAGCACCUCCUCAUGUACCUGGAGAAGGAGGCCUUGGAACAGAAAGACAGGGAGGACUUUGUGCCCUUCACGGGAGAAAAGAAAGGGAGAGUCUUUAUCCCUAAAGAAAAACCCAUAGAAACUCAUAAAGAAGAAAAAGUGGCCCUUGACCCGGAACUGGAAGAAGCUUUGGCAAGUGCCUCUGACACUGAACUCUAUGAUCUUGCAGCUGUUCUCGGAGUACACAAUUUGCUCAACAAUCCAGAGUUUGACGAAGAAACAACCAACAGUAAAGGAGGCAAAGGGCCCAUAAGAAAUGUGGUCAAAGGUGAGAAGGUGAAGCCCAUAUUUGAGGAGCCGCCCAACCCCACAAAUGUGGAAGCCAGUCUGCAGCAGAUGAAAGCCAACGAUCCCAGCCUGCAAGAAGUCAACCUCAACAACAUCAAGAACAUUCCCAUUCCAACUCUAAAGGACUUUGCGAAGGCAUUGGAGACCAACACGCACGUGACGAAGUUCAGCCUGGCGGCAACUCGCAGCAAUGACCCUGUGGCCCUUGCUUUUGCAGAUAUGCUGAAAGUAAACAAGACCUUGAAAAGCCUGAACAUAGAAUCUAAUUUUAUCACUGGAGCUGGGAUCCUGGCCCUGGUGGAGGCACUAAGAGAAAAUGACACUUUGACAGAGAUCAAAAUCGAUAACCAGAGGCAGCAGCUGGGAACAGCCGUGGAGAUGGAGAUUGCCCAGAUGCUGGAGGAGAAUUCGAGCAUCCUCAAGUUUGGAUACCAGUUUACCAAGCAAGGGCCACGAACAAGGGUGGCAGCCGCCAUCACCAAGAAUAAUGACUUGGUUCGUAAGAAGAGAGUUGAAGGAGAACGAAGAUAAACUUCUGCAGAAGGAGGUGCAGCUUCAUCAUGGCAGCCAUUUGAAAACAGAAACUCUGUCUUUGCCCACUGAGACCAUGCUAUCAAAGGUUGUUCAUUUCCGUUAACCACACAAUUAAUGAUCUAAUUAUUCUUUUUUAAUCAUUACCUAUUUAUCUUAGAUUUUUAAAAAUAUAUACAGUUGUUUGCUUGUGGGCAGCUCUGGCAACUUGCACACAUGGACUGAUUACAGACCUGAGGGAGUGAGUGAUCAAAAAUGAUUUUAGCGACUUUCAUAUUGGGUUUCUUGCCCUCUUAACAUGAACUUUAAAAAGAAAAUCACUGGAAGGAAUUUUGUUUAUAGUAUGUGUUCAUAACUGUGUCUUAGUAGAGGCCUAUCUCUGUUUACAUGCACAGCUUCGAGUUAGGCUCAAUGCAUCAGAGGUGUUCUGCUGGCCACAUGAGAAGUUAGUAUUGCCAAUCUUUGGGUGAGAAAAUGUGACCAAGUGAGCACAAAUUCUCCCUCAGUUCCAGAAAAAAAUCACCCAUUGCACACACCCCCACUGCCUGAAGAUCAGUGGCGUCACCUUUGGGAAGCCAGAUGGUGUUCUGACACUUCAACAUAGCAUCAGCAACUAAGUCUAAAAUAUCUGUCACCGUACUGGACAGGUAGCAGCGUAAAUGAGCACACUUGCUUCGACUUGGCUGUUCAGUGUAAAUUGGAUCUUGCUCUUGAUGUUAGUGGCUCCCUAUUUAUAAAGCCACUUUCAAGUAUUCUGGACAUUCUGGAUCUGAAUAAAAAAUUUUUACAUUUUAGAAGAGGAAGAGUUUUAAAACAGUACAUUCCUUAGAAAGAAAGUAAUAAUCACACUUUAAUCAAAAUUGCUUGAUACAUGUGAUUGCAUUGACUUGGCACAUUUUUUAGAGAUGUUUAUUACUUUGUAGUGUCACAAGAUGAAAUGUGAGCAUGAAUGAAGUUAUUCAGAUAUUUGUCCACCUGCCACGAUCCAUCCAGACAUUUACAAACAUCUGGAAAAUGUGGAUUAUCACUUACCUAGAUAUUUGUUA